CUCUCAGUUACGCUCUGACCAUUCGUGCUCUCCCCACCCUUCAUUCUCCCUCUGGCAUCAUCCCAUCAUGGCGGCGGAACAGAGAAAGCUGCUUGAGCAGCUUAUGGGAGCGGACCAACUCAUAGGUACCGGCGCUCCCUCUCGCAAUGCGCAGCUCCAAAUCACCGAUCCGAAAGUCUGUCGCUCGUAUCUUGUCGGCACUUGUCCGCAUGACCUCUUCACCAAUACCAAGCAAGAUCUGGGUCCUUGCCAGAAAGUUCACAGCGAAGGAUUGAAGACGGAGUAUGAGACCGCCUCGGCGGCCGAGAAGGCCAAAUGGGGAUUCGAUUACGACUAUAUGCGCGACAUGCAGAAAUACAUCGAUGAUUGUGACCGACGUAUUGAUACCGCUCAGCGACGCUUGGAAAAGACUCCGGAUGAGAUCAGACAGACCAACAACUUGCUGAAACAAAUCUCCGACCUAACGAAAACCAUCAACACGGGCCUCCUCGAGAUCUCGGUGUUGGGCGAAACCGGCUCUGUCGCACAGGCCCUGAACGAACUGCACAAGAUCCGCACCGCGAAGCACCAAAAGGAAACAUGUGAACGCGAAUUGAAGAACCUCCAAGAUACCUCCGGUCCGUCGGGUCAUCAGAAGCUGCAAGUGUGCGAUGUCUGCGGCGCGUACCUGAGUCGUCUCGAUAACGAUCGUCGGUUGGCCGAUCAUUUCUUCGGAAAGAUGCACAUGGGAUACUCGGACAUGCGCAAGGGGUUUAAGAAGCUCAGCGAGGAGCUCAAGGGACGGCCUCCGCCGGUUCGUCACCACGAUGACGAUGAUGGUGGCUGGGGUGGACGCUCCGGUGGUGGACGUGGUCCUCGGUAUGGCGGUGGUGGUUACAAGAAGCGCGGUCCUCGCUGGUAAAAUAUUGAUGAAGCGUCUUGUCUCUUUCUUUUCUUGGAGUUUAUUCUGCAAUGCUGUUGUAAUUUGUCUGGAUUUGCAUAGCGCAGGCGUUUUUGUUACUACUACGUCUGGGAUGUUAC